AUGACAGAUUUAUUUAAAGCUAAAGAAAAUGAAUUUUAUAUUGAACUUAAAGAAGAAAGAUAUUAUUUCCCUGGAGAAAACAUAUUAGGCGAUGUUAUUCUCGACUUGAAAAAAGCAAGUAAAACAUUAAAUAUUAAAGUAACAUUGGAAGGAACAGUUGAAAUUGGAGGAAGAAGUUUGAUUUUAUUUUCAAAGUCUGUGUUUAUUGCCGAGUCACCAGAUGGAGAAAAAUCAUAUUAUCUUGAACCACAUACACAUCGAUUUCCUUUUAAAAUAACUAUACCAUCUUCUAAACAAUACAAAGUACCAAGUACAUUACAGAUUGGUAAUUUAUUAAAAGUAAAAUAUAAACUCAUUGCUAUUUAUAAUAAACCUUUGUAUGUCGAGAGACUUUGUCCUAUAACCUCAGUUGAUGUUAAUAUCUUGGAAGAUAUUAAUGUUGAAAGCUCAAAAUUGAUGGGAGAACAAAAGAUAAAUAAGGAACUUGUAUUAACUGGGGAAACUCGUACUGUAAAGGUUUCGACACUAGUUGGGAAACGUGCUGCUGUGAAAGGCGAUAUUAUUCCAAUAUCUAUAACUAUUGAGCAUAUCGGUGUUUUUGUACGAGACAAAGCAAUCUUGGUACAGUUAUUAAGAUCAGUUUAUUAUGGCAAAAAUACCAAUGAAUUGUUUGGUCCGAAAUCUAUAAAAGAAGUCACUUCAAAUAUUGAUAUUUCAGGUCCAACAAGUUUCACAAAAACAUUUAAUAUACAAUUGCCGAUUCCUUCUAAUGUAUGUCCAACUGUUGAUAAAUCAGGACACUCAUUUAAAAUUGACUAUACUAUACGUAUAUCUGUAAAUUUAAACGAACAAAAUCCCCUUCAAGUUGAAACACAAAGUGAUAUAGUUAUCUUUAAUAUACCAUUUACCAUUGGUACAUAUCCUCGACUUGCUUUUAGUAUCGAUGAUGAUGAUUAUGACACUAGUUUGAAUGAUCAAAAAGAGGAUGAAAUAGCUGAUUAUGAACAAAUAGCCGAGAAAAUGAAGGAAUUAGAUUUAGAGGAAUUAAGUAACUCUGCUCCUGAAAUAAUACAGCAAGAUGAAGAAUCUGCAAAUACGAAAACUAGCAUAAACCCACAUUUGCAUCAUAAAAGUACAAUUACUCGAAUUGAUCCUACUUUAUCCUCUCCUACCAAGGCCUCAGAAGAAGUAGAGUCGAUAAAUUCAUCCACGAGUAGUACAUACAAACCAAAUCAAUCUCUUUCUUCAACAUCAGCUACAAAUCCCUCAUAUAAUAUAGAAAUUAUUUCACCACCCACAGAUAAACUUUAUAAUAUACCUCAGUUAGCAGAAACUAAUCCACAACAAACCGAAAAGGAGAGUAAGAAUGAUACAGCUUCUCCAGUUAUAAAUAAUCAAACUUCACCAAUGACAAACUUACCAGCUAAUACUACUACUACUACUACUACUACUACUAUAUCCUCUGAACAAUCAUCAAAUUAUUAUAAUUCAAAUUUAAAAUUAAGUCCAUCUGAAAUUUAUAACGAUUAUCAGCCUAUCGUAUCACCUACAGCACCCACACAUGCGGAUUUACAAAGAAACGAGAGUCUUCAUCGUACUGCUAGUUCUUAUCAUGGUCAACAAUUAGGUAGACGUGAAUCCGUUCGAUGGAUAGUAAGGAAUCAAGAUGUACCUACACCAGCUGCUGUUUCUUCCCCUAUCAUCAUUCCUUCAAGCUUUCCUACUACUUGUCCUGUUAUGAAUAAUGGGGUAUCAAUGCCUAAUGUAAUUAAUCAAGCUACCACGAAUAUACCUAUGCCACAACCUUCUUAUCCUUUACCAUUCUAUAAUAAUAGUCCCAUGCUGCCUAUUCCACAACAACAGUCAUUUUCACCUUAUACAUAUACUAAUCAUUAUCCUCAACAGACACCAUUAUUUCCUGAUAAUAACACUAUGAUGGAAUUCCCUUGUCCACAACCCCAUUUUGCAGGAGGUUUUAUGCCUCCACCACCACCACCUUCAAAUCAACUAUCUUCUUCUCCUCCUCCUCCUCCUCCACUACCAUCUCCAUAUCCAAUCUAUUAUUAUCCUAAUUAG